GCUCUGGUGGACGCCGUCGGCUUCGCGGCACACCCCCUGCUAUCGAAGAGGACCGGGGAUGCACAGCAGUUUGCACAGGGCCUUCUUCCAUCUGCCCGACGCCGUGCAGCCGUACACGAAGAUGCACCCGGUCGCGCUCGAGGCGUACGUGGAGGACAUGUACAACGACCCGGGGAAGAACCAGGCCAUGCUCUACAAGCAGACGUUCCUCUUCCUGCUGCAGGAGCUCUUCCGCUACCGCUACCGGCAGCCCCUGGCGAGGCGCCUGGCGUCCGCGGCCUGCGCCCUGUGCGCGGAGCGCGGCCGGCGGAGCCGGCUGGAGGCCGCCAGUGGCCGCGGCGCCGGCGGCGACCCCGAGGCCGUGGGCAUCGCGGUGUGCGUCAUGAGCCGCCGCUCGGGGCUGGCGCUGCGCAGGGGCAUCCGCGAGACCUGGGCGUCCGAGCUCGCGGCAGGCACGGCGGUGCGCUUCUUCGUGGGCGCCCGCGACGCCGGCGGCGGGGGCGAGCGGGCCGUGGAGGACGCGGAGGCUGGAGACGUCGUCGAGCUGGACGCCCCCGAGGCCUACAACGCGGUCACGCUGAAGGCCUUCGCGAUGCUGGACUGGGCGUCCAGGAGUUUCCCGAACCUGCGCUUCCUGGUCCGAGCAGACGACGACGUGUACCUGCGCCCGGGGCCGCUGCUCCGGCAGCUGGAGCGGCGGCCGCCCGUGGCGAUCUGUGGGGGAACUUCGACCACGGCUCAAACCCGGUGCGGGAUCCAGGAUCGAGCACCCGCACUACAACUCGUACGAGCAGCUGCCCGAGCGGCGGCACCCGAUGUUCGGCGACAUCCUCCCGCCCUACGCCCGCGGCAGCCUCUGGGCCAUGUCCGCGGACCUGCUCUCCCUGGUGGCAGCCGCGUGGCGCGGGGAGCUGGAGAGGUACGGCGGCGGCCUCACCCUCGAGCUGGCGAGCCGGCUGCCCCACCCCGACGACCCCGCGCUCGGGGUAGCGCUCGCGGGCUUGGUGGACCGGGACCACUGGGUUCAGCUUGA